GGGAUGCCUGGAGGGACCUGGGCUGGGUCAUCACCCUGUCACCUCCCUGUCAUCACAGAGCAGCACCUCCCAGUCCAUGCUGCCUCACUCCACUGGUGCUUUCCUUUCCAGAAAGGCUAUUUUGUCACCAUGAAGGUGCUUUACACCUGUGGCUACUCCACGUCCCUGGCAGCCCUGCUCUUGGCCAUCGGCAUCUUCUCCUGCUUCAGGAAGCUGCACUGCACCAGGAACUCCAUCCACAUCCACUUCUUCACCUCCUUCAUACUGCGUGGGGCUGCUGUGUUCAUCAAGGACACCAUCCUCUUCUCGGACGAGUCCAUCGACCACUGCACAAUGUCAACAGUGAACUGCAAAGCAGCCAUCGUCUUCUUCCAGUACUCGGUCCUGGCCAACUUCUACUGGCUGCUGGUGGAGGGGCUGUACCUGCAGACCCUGCUGCUGCUCACCUUCACCUCCGACAGGAGGUACAUCUGGUGGUACAUCCUCAUCGGCUGGGGUGUCCCCAUGGUGACAGUCGCCGUGUGGGUGGUCACCAGGCUGCAGUAUGACAACCACGGGUGCUGGGAUGAUUACACCAGCCUGUACUGGUGGGUGAUCAAGGCUCCCAUCCUCCUGGCCAUAUUCGUGAACUUCCUCAUCUUCCUCAAUGUCACCAGGAUGUUGGCACAGAAGAUCCGGUCCCCAGAUAUCAGCAAAAACUACAAGCAGCAGUACAUGAGGCUGACCAAGUCCACGCUGCUCCUCAUCCCUCUCUUCGGGGUGCACUACGUGGUGUUCGCGCUCUUCCCUGAGCACGUCGGCGUCGAUGCCCGCCUGUACUUCGAGCUGGUCCUCGGCUCCUACCAGGGGUUCCUGGUGGCUCUGCUGUACUGUUUCCUGAACGGGGAGGUCCAGGCUGAGAUCAAGAGGAACUGGGGCAAGUGGCAGUUGUCCAUGGAAAGCAACGUCUUCAACCUGGUGACCCAGGACUUCACAGCAUGACGAGGACAGCGUUUGGGGUGGAAACACCUCCUCAGGGUGGUGGUGGUGGUGGGGGGGGUGCAGCUCCAUGACUACAGCCCCAGAAAGACCAAAAGAAAAAAGGGUUUGGGAUGUUCUGGGUCUGGUAUCCUCAGAGGGUGGUGUGAAUGGCUGUAGGGAAGGCUCUGCCUGCUGAGGUGCUGGU